AUGUCAGCGUCUACCCACGAAGCUGUCGAAACGCCAGUAUGUGUACGUUGUACUGACCGUAUAACUAUGGGUCAUGCGUACGAAUUGGGUGGAAAUAGAUGGCAUACCCACUGCUUUUCAUGCUACAAGUGUGACAAACCGUUGAGUUGCGACUCUGAUUUCCUAGUUCUGGGAACGAGCGACCUCAUAUGUUUCGAGUGCUCGGAUUCGUGUAAAAGUUGUGGGAAAAAGAUUGAUGAUUUGGCUAUUAUUCUUGCGUCGUCAAACGAAGCAUAUUGUUCGGAUUGUUUCAAAUGUUGCAAAUGUGGUGAAAAAAUUAAAGAUCUUAGGUAUGCAAAGACAAAGAAAGGGCUGUUCUGUAUAAGUUGUCACGAACGGCUUUUAGCAAGGAGGAAGUAUCACGAGGAGAAGAAACGUCGACUUAAGAAAGAACUACCCAUCGUACCCAAGGAGCCCGAUUCUUCUGCCACCAGUUCUGCAAUGGAGUCUGAAACAGCCACUUCUCAGACAUCACACACGCUAGACCCUAUGAUAAAAACUGAGUCCGGUGUCCUCGAGACAACAAACUCUAAUCUUGGACAAAAUGGCAACUCGACGCCAGAAAGUGACCCAUUUUCUGUGCUGUCGCCCUCAAAUGCCGCAGAUAAACUCGAGUCUGCCAACAUUCAGCAGAAACAAACGCCAAACUACGAAGAUAUCGAGCAACCAAAAGUUUUCACAGCCCCUAUAGACUUUUCGAAGAAAGAAUCAAUCGUGAAAUCAAGCUCUAACAGUGUUAUUGCCCAAUUCCUCGAUGAUGAGUACCACAACGACAACGUAAGUGUAACAACAACAGAACACAAACAUUCUUCGUCACAAUUAGAUAAAAUUUUACAAAACACGUUGGACAACUCGGAAGAAGAUACCCUACAAAUAUCAUCCAAUGAUAUAGCAUCCCUAUCAUACAACAACUCUAACCCUGACAUACCUGAAAUUAAUCCUCAUAGAACACCUGUACGGUCUUCCGAGAGGUCACCCCCUCUUGCGAUCCCAAAUUCCAAAUCGCCUGAUGGUCAUCGUAACGCUAUUAUAUUUGACGCAGAAUCUCCAGAAAAUGAAGUUGUGUAUGCUACGAAAGAGAACCACCUUAACACACCAAAUCGUAGAAAUACCAGUGCGGGGGAUGAAUCAUUUUUGCACACCCCUAAUUCUUCAGGCAAUGAUCAUAAACCAGCUGGAUUGGGAAUCUCUACCCCAAGGUCAUUACAAAAGUUCAAACUCAAUGGCUCGUUGGCAAUCAUAUCUCCAAGAAGCGAAGUGGUGAAGAACACGAGUACAGUUGGAAUUCCAUAUGAUUCAACAGAGGAACGUCCAUCAUCGCAUAAUAGCGAUAUGGCUCAUACAGUUAAUAAUUCAGCUCCUGAUCAUCACCGUAGGACAUCUAGCGGUGCUAAGAACAUCACAAGAUCAUUGUCAUUCAGAUCCAAAAACAUCAUAUCCACCUUCAGAAAUAAAGCGAAAUCCAGUGUCUCACCUGGAAGACCAUUAGAUAAAGACUUUGAUACACAUUCCGGUUGGGGAGUAAGCGCUUCUCAUCCUUCUAUAGAGGAGUCAUUAUCAUCUCAAACUGCUCAUCAACCACGGAGAAGAGUAUCUGGUAGAGGCCAAAGUGACAGUACUAUAUAUUCACCAUUUUCAAAUGAUUCCACCCAACAAAGCCAAAACCAAGGCCAGGGUCACAUAAGGUCACAAAGUGGUAGUAAUAAGGUAUCAAUGUUCAGAACUCCACCAUUAGGAUCCAUAGAUAGUGGAAGAUAUACCCGAAAUAAAUCGCUAAGCAUAGAUGCGAAUCAAACUUUAUUAGCAGAAGAUGAAAAAGGUACUGAUGGUGGUGAUACGGGUGACUACACCCCAGUUGCGAAAGAGUUUUUUGAAAAGGAUCUAGCUUCGGCUAGCUUGCAACUAAGGAAAUUAAAUAUGGAGAUAAAGGAAUUACAAUUAACAAAGGCUCAGUUAAACGCUGAUAUUGAAAAGUUAAAGUCCAGCAAAGAGUCAUUAACUAUCGAGGUGGAGAAAUUAAAGAACGAGAAAAAAGGAUUGAGAUCAGGGACAACUUCCCAGGAAUCAUUCCAGGAUGAUGCAUACUAUACUGAUUACCAUGGAAGUAGUGGAAACGGAUAUAGUCCAACAAAAAAUCCGCAUUCUGCGACUUCAGCAAGUGCUAGCAUAGCAAAACCUAGGUUCUGGAAACUAUUUGGCGCUGGGAGCGGAAGCGGUAAUGGUAACGGUAAUGGGAAUGGGUAUGGGAAUGUUAAACAAGUCACGCCAAACUCUUCAAAAUCAAUUGAAAUCAGUGCUCCUAUGCUUCAAAAUCCAAACGAGUUUGAUGAUAUGAAACUUCUUCCAAUUCAGAACUCUACCUCUAGCGACUCUGGGACAAGAAAUAGCGCCUCUUCCGCCAUGUCAGAAGGUCAAAACCUAUACGGAUCUACAUUGUCAGCAAGAUGUAAUUAUGAGAGAAGAGACGUUCCUUUAAUUAUCACAACAUGUAUUGAUUAUAUUGAGUCUGACGAGGAGCACAUGAAAACAGAGGGUAUAUACAGAAAGUCUGGCAGCCAAAUUGUUAUCGAACAAUUUGAAAAGAUGUUUGCGGACGAAGAAAAAGUUGACUUCGUAAAAAUUAACGCAGAUGUGCAUGCGGUAACUAGUGUGUUGAAACGGUAUUUGCGUAAGUUACCUAAUCCUAUCCUAAGUUAUCAAUGCUAUGAGGCCUUGAUUAAUUUGGUUCGCGAUAACAAUCUUUUAAUUGAAUAUCCUCUGUCGAAAAGUACUAAACCUUCAACCCUUUAUCAUAAUACUGUUGAGAGACUGGUGGGGAUCAUGCAAACAUUACCAGUACAAAAUCUAAUAGUUUUGAGACUUCUCUGUCAACACUUAGAUCAGAUAAUAAAGUAUCAGGAUGAUAACUUAAUGACUUUGCAUAACUUGGCCCUUGUGUUCGCACCUGGUCUCAUCAAGGAUUAUUCUGGAGAAAAGGACAUUGUAGACAUGAAGGAACGUAACUAUUUGAUUGGCUUUAUCCUCCAAAACUAUAGAGACAUCUUCUCGAUGAUAUUACAACAAAGGACAGAAUAG